CGCCGCCGCCUGGAGACUGGGCCGAGCUAGCAGGUGAAACCGCAUCGGCCUUGCCGGGCCGUGGAGCCUCAGCCCGCUGAUCGCUUCCCGUUCCCGCCCCCGGGGCGUCCCCGGGCUGGGGGGUCCGGCCGGCCGCUGGCGGAGCUGGUGCGAAGGGAACAAACCGGUUCCGACCCCCUCCCCUCCCGCUACAAUGUCGCUGUCCCCUGCACUGUAGCGAUUCCGUUUUCACGUGUGGUUGCACUGGGCAGCCCUGCUGGCAGCCGGAGGACACAUUCCCCGCCUGACCUUGGGGGCUUUGUAAGGGGGCAGGACCCCCCUUUGCCCUUGAGGGGGAGCAGAGGCAUUUGAGCCGGAGACAGAAGGUAAUGACUGUGCUGGAGGUCACUGGAUUGUGUGCAGGUGCUGCAGAGAACCAGCCAGGGCUGUCCACUGCCCACUCCCUCCCCACAAGGCCCGGAGACAUCCCCCCCAGCACCCAGAUGGCUCGACAGGACAUGCCCAAGGACCAGUUUCAUGCUGUGGGAAUCAUCUUCUUCAUCCUGGGUCUGGGCACCCUCCUGCCCUGGAACUUCUUCAUCACGGCCAUCCCGUAUUUCAAGGCCCGGCUCAUUGUGGGGACCAGCUUGACCGUGGGCCUGGGGGGAAACAGCUCUGGGACGCAGCGGGACCCAGCCCGGGAUGAGUUCAACUUCAACAACUGGCUGACGCUGCUCUCACAGCUCCCGCUGCUGCUCUUCACCCUGCUCAACUCCUUCCUCUACCAAUGCAUCCCGGACAAGGUGCGGGUCCUUGGCAGCAUGAGUGGCAUCCUCCUCCUCUUCAUCCUCACGGCCGUGCUGGUCAGAGUGGAAAUGCCCCCCCACAGCUUCUUCUCCGUCACCAUAAGCUCUGUGUGGUUCAUUAACUCGUUCUGCGCCAUCCUGCAAGGCAGCCUGUUCGGGCAGCUGGGCACCCUGCCCCAGGGCUACAGCACUCUCUUCCUGAGCGGCCAGGGCAUGGCCGGGACCUUCGCCGCCAGUGCCAUGCUGCUCUCCAUGGCUAGUGGUGCGGAUGCGCAGACGUCUGCCCUGAGCUACUUCAUCACCCCCUGUGUUGGGACCCUGAUGUCCAUUGUCUGCUAUCUGGUGCUGCCCCGUAUGGCCUUCUUCCGUCACUACCUGGAGCGGAGUUGGCAGCGUGACCCACGCAAUGAGCUGGAGACCAAGGCUGGGCUGCUGGGCCCCGAGGAACAGAGUGGGGACCAGUCGGAGAGGCCUGGGGAGGAGCCAAUGCUGGGAAUGGCCAACGGGACGCUCAGGACAUUGGAGGAGAUUAGUGUGGAGAGCUCCGGGAAGGGAGCCUUCGCCCUGCACAAUGGGACAGCCACCAGUGCCCAGAACGGGGGCCCGGGACCAGAGAGACCGUCAGUGUUCAGUGUGCUCCGAAAGAUCUGGCUGCUGGCACUCUGCAUUGUCAUGGUUUUCACUAUCACCCUGUCCGUGUUCCCUGCCAUCACUGCCACCGUCACCAGCACCUCGGAGAGCAAGCAAUGGAGUGAGUUCUUCACCCCUGUUUGCUGCUUCCUGUUGUUCAACAUGAUGGACUGGCUGGGCCGCAGCGUCACCUCAUACUGCCUCUGGCCAGAGAAGAGACUAUGGCUACUCCCCCUGCUGGUGGGCCUGCGCUUCCUGUUUGUGCCCCUGCUGAUGCUAUGCCAGGCCGAGCCCCGCACCCGCCUGCCCGUGCUCUUCCACCAUGACGCCUGGUUCAUCCUCUUCAUGCUGCCUUUCUCGCUCUCCAAUGGCUACUUCGUCUCGCUCACCAUGUGCCUCGCCCCCAAGCAGGUGCUGCCGCAGGAGAGCGAGCUGGCUGGAGCCAUCAUGACCUUCUUCCUGGCACUAGGGCUGUCGUGUGGGGCUGGGCUCUCCUUCCUCCUCAAGGCCCUGCUGUGAUCCCCCCCUCAGAUCCAUCCCUUCAUCUUCCAGCAGCUCGUCUGAGUGCACCCCAUCAAACUGGAGGGCUUGGAAUAGGAGGGAUGGAGGGGCUUUGCAUAGGAGGGGGGCUGGUACCUCCUGACUUCCCCUUUUCUUUCCAUGGGCAUCAUCUCAGCCUGGUGAGUGUAAAGAUUAGUGUCCUGCCCCCCCCCCCAAGUCUGUUGCAAGGCAGAUACCCCAUUAGGGGUUGCCCCCCAGCCCCAUUCUGUUCCUCACCACCGUUCCAUAGGAAUUCCAGCAAAGGGAAUGUCUAUAGAAUGGUGUGGCGCCGGAGGAAAGGGUUAAUGUAAAGAAGUAUCUGGGGUUUUAAUGUAUUUAUUUGUGGGGCUCCUGGGCUGAUUUUGGCUGGCUCCUGAGCCCAGGUGGGGGGCUGAGCCCCAUGCGGUGUCAUGGGCUACACAAAGGGACACCACAGCAUACCACUUCGCCUGGAGAUUCACGUAGAGCCCGGUCUCCAACUCCUGCCCCUUCGCCCUGGGGUCGAGGAAGGGGAGGACCCCAAGGGUUGCUGGGGCUUUGCCUCUGCUGCAGAAACGCACAUCCAAGCCAGACUGCUGGCUGGGCUCUAAAGGGUUAAAUAUCCCCUCUCUCCUGACCCCCAUAAGGGUCCUAGCUCCUGGAUGGCGGCUACUGCCCUUUAGAGGGAAUAUUGCCUAAUGGGUAGGACAGGAGAUGGGAGCAAGGACACCUGGGUUCUGUCCCCAGCUCUGGGAAGCACGUGCUGGCCAGUUGAUUGUAAACUCUUUGGGGCAAGGUCUUGUCUGUGCUCUGAAGUGCCUAGUUAUGCUUUAGGUCAAUGGUUCUCAAACGUCCGUACUGGUGACCCCUUUCAUACAGCAAGCUUCUGAGUACGACCCCCCUUAGAAAUUAAAAACACUUGUUUAUGUA